UAUAACAAUAUGUCACUAAAUUUUUUUUAAGCUAAAAAUUUCAUUAUUUGGAAUUGGACAUCACAUAAUUUUAUCCUACGAUAUGUUUGUUAGAUAUUCAAAUUAUUUUUACAAUUUUUAAUAUCGCUAAUCACUAAUUGGUAUAAUUAUUAUUAAAAAUAAACAAUUGAUAAUAUCAAUUUGCAAUAAUAUUAAUUAUUUUAGUCCUAGUGUAACAAGUUAUUGAAAUUUUCAUAACAAUAAUGGAUCAUGUACAAUAAAUUGAAUAAUUUGUUGCUUAAUCAUUUAAUAUUUUUAAAUGUGCAGGAUAAAAUACACAUGUACCAUCUCUACCAUGAUACGAUGUUUAUGAAAAAUGCAUGGAAUCAAGAGAAUAUUAGUUUUCUGUACAUUAACAAUCAUUUUACCAAUUCUACUUAUUGCGACACCAUUAUAUUUACGUCAUAAUUUCUAUGCCGAUGUAGCAUAUGCUGUAAUGAAUUCUGAUAUCUUGGAAAUUACAGAUGGUAUUUCUACAAUAUUUUGCUCUGCACAUAUUUUACGAAUGAAUAGAACAUUUAAUGCGUUCCAAAUGUCACACAAACCAGAAAUAACUUCAUAUAAAAAACAUAUACGUCUUAAAAAAAGUAUGGUUUUACCAGAUGAUACAUUGGAGUACUGGGGAUUUUAUCUCUUAGGAGGAUCAAGCGUGGCACUUUCUGUGUGCUCAAGAUUUGAAGGUGCUUCUAUACUCGUUGUUAAGGGAGAACGAAAUUUGCGAACAUGUGGAAUGUUAGAACAUCACAAUACACAAAUUGUGGAGGGUAUAUUUUUACCAGAAGCAAAAAAACAAGUUGAAGUAACAUUUAAAUCAAAUGCAGAACAAAUUAAUUCUAAUAAUACUAUUAUACAGAACAAUUAUAAUAAAACAUUAAAUGACAUUGAAGAUAUAUUGUUAUGGGAUCAUACAUUGAACAAUACUGAUCAAAAUAUUGGGGCACACUAUCCUUAUUUAAACAGUUUUAUGUCUAAUAUGGAAAAUUAUGAAGAAGAAGCAAAAGAAUUAUUACAGGAUAAAAAUAUUCAACAUAUUAAAAGGUCUCUGAAAAAAGAAACUAUACAUACUACCAGAAGAUUAAGGCAUGCUAGGAAGAGGAAAUAUAAAAUGCAAAUGAAAGAAACAAGAAAAAAUAUUACAUUGCAGGAAAGAAAAAAAGCACAAAAGAAUCAUAAAAUCAAUUCUUAUUUUAAAAGAGAUAUAUAUAAUAAAUACAGUUUAUUUCUAAAAAGAUUACAAAGAAGCUUGAAUUUAGAAGAUAAUGGAAAGGGUGAUAUUAAUAACAAAAUGAAUGUGCAAGAUAAAAAAAAAUCAAGAAAAAGGAUCAAAAGAAAUCAAGGGGUUGUUAACCCAACACUUUUAUUUGAUCAAGGUAUUCAACAUGGUGGAAAUGCAGGAAAUGUAACAGAUACUAAUGAGGAUUCUUCUGUAUCCAGUUUUGAAAAUGAGUUAUUUAAAUGUUAUGGGGGAUCAAUUUUAAUGGCUCAAGAAUUUGCACCUUCUGAAAAAUGCACUGAUGUCACUUAUUUACUGAACGGCAAACAUAUGCAAGCUGUGCACAAUGUCAUAGAAGAUGGUUACUAUUAUUAUAUCUUUUAUAGUGAUAAUGAUAUCGUAUCGAAUGAUAUAUAUGCAUUAUUUGAUAUUUAUAAACCCAUUUUUCAUUAUGAGAAUAUAACAAAUUCUUGUAUAAAUCAAACAAAAUGUUUCUUUCCAAUUAAUAUGCUAUCUUCUGAUAGAGUAAUUGUUGAAAUACCAACUAAAGAUGAUCUUGAAUACGAAAUAGAUGAUGUUAAUCUGCUUUUAUCAAGUUGUCAUCCACGAAUUGAAGUGUAUAUAUUUUUUCCUGUUGCAGUAUUAUUCUUUAUUCUUAGUUAUACUUUCGUGUAAUAAUAUUUACAAUUUUGUUUAUCAGCACAAAUGUUGAAUUUUGGUCGAAUCGCGUAUUAUUAUUAAGAGACAUUAUCCUAUUGAUAGAAAUUCUUGAAUGGGUGGAAUACGAAAAUAUUUUCAUCAGUAUAUGUGUUUAAAAAUACAUAAAUAUCUGUAAAUAUAUAUUUACAUAUUAAUAUAUCCUGAUUGUACAUAUAUGUACAUAUAUACGAAUAUAUCUAUACUUAUAUAUGUAACUUAUAUAUGUAUAUAUAUAUCUUUUUAUAUAAAGAAUUGUAUAAAGUAUGUGCUAUUAUGUAUGUUGUAUGUAGUAUGAUGUUGCAUGAGUAGCUUACAUUCUAUAUUAAACAUUCCAUCCUAGCCACUAAUAUUUCUAAACAUAUAAAGCAAAUGAGGUAGUGCGACGAUUUGAAUCAAAAGUCGCAUGAAAUAGUAUUGAAUGUAUUAUAAAGUAUUUUCGCCUAUAAUUACGAUAACUACGAUCUUUAUAUUGUUAGAUUUAUUUUGUUAAUUAUUAUAUUCAAAAGUAUAUAUUUCCAUUAUAAAAUUUCAAUACUUUUAUUGGUGAAUGCAGAAAAUAAAUUGUAAUUCGUGUAUCCAUAAUUUGAUUAAAAUAUCUUGAAUAACUACCUUUUGGCUUAGAAUGACUUCCGGUUCAUAUCUCUUUACUUCUUCAAUCUAUUCAUUAAAUCUAUUCUUUAAACCGAAAUAUAUAGUAUAUAAACGUUAUUUCAAAUACGAAAAUAUACAAAUAUAUCGCUAUAGACUGUUUAUUUAAAAAAGACUAAGAAUAUGAAAUGCUAUCAAUGUAUGUAAUUACAUUUGCCGCAAAUACCCCACUAAGAGGUCGCAGAGAAUUGUGGGCAAUUGACGUACUUCCUUUAUGCGCAAUAGACAUUUGGAAAAUCGCGUACGAUAAAAACCAAGGAAUUGAAUAAAAAGCUGUUAUCCACUUUUAAAAAUUAAUAUCCCGAAACGUUCGAAUUGUUUCGCGUAGAAUUUUGCGUGUCGAAUCACGAGAAAAGUCGAUUGAAAAUUUGAAGACCGCUCGCAGCGCCAUUGUGCGGUGCUCAUAAGAAUAUUCCUUGUGACGCAAUAGGAACUCGUCCUUUCCGUCGACCUACCGUGAGUGGAACAUGUCGCAUACGUCUGAGCGAAG